AUGGGCUCAAUUCAAGAGUUACUCAAUCCCGCCCCGGAUGAAAUACACAGAUACAAGAUGCCGAGAGAGACUACCAAGUCACCAGAGCCCCCAAGGAAGAUGAAGGUGAGCAAGGAUGGCCCUGUGUUUCGCCCGGGAGCCAUCCAAGGGCAAUUUCGUUACCCACCUUGCGAAGAACGUGAUGAGGAGCUGGCCGAGCAUCACCGCAACUGGAACCUGACACCCAUGGGCAACAUAUCUGCAUUUCCUCGGCAUAUUCCAUACCAGAGCGAGAAAAAAACCUUCCACCAGCGAACGGGGCGGGAUAGUUUCCACGUGUUACAGUACACAUUUCAAUCGAACCAGGAUAAGAAGAUGGGCCGAGCCCCUUGGGUGAUCAUGUGGGAUUACAAUAUUGGGCUUGUCCGGACGACCCCCCUGUUCAAAUGCAUGGGAUAUUCAAAGACAACUCCUGGAAAAGCUCUGGGUGUUAACCCUGGUCUUCGUGAAAUUUGCCAUAGUAUCACCGGUGGCGCACUGGCAGCUCAAGGAUAUUGGAUGCCAUUCGAAGCUGCCAAGGCUCUUGCUGCCACUUUUUGCUGGAAAAUUCGAUUUGUCCUGACCCCGCUCUUUGGGAAUGAUUUCCCAGAACUGUGUAUCCCAGAAGACAACCACUCACGCUUUGCGAAUAUGGUUGUCGAUUCUGAUAUUGUGACACGGGCUACAGAAUUGGCCAACUACUAUCGAAUGCUGGAAAAUGGGAACAUUACUUGUGCACGUAACGAUGCCUCUCCCGUCGACUCUUCACGAUUCCAAGAGCCCGAAAAAGAAGCGGAUUACCCAUCUGCCACUGAAGACCUUCCCUACCGACGACUAACUUCCAAGCUCCCGCGCCACAGCUAUCUGGACGACGUUGGUAGCGCUCGUGGAUCCUCUUCUGACUCGUUCUGUGGCUCUCCCUCGAGCCCGACACGCAGCACUUUCACGCCGAUCAAUAUGCCUCGCAGUUCGGAUGUCAUGCCUCGUUCACUGAUGCUUUCUCCGAGAGAACUCCUGAAUUUUGUGUCAGAGGCGCGGAUCAGGAACAUACAGAGACUUCAUGCCGAUGAAAGUGAGUCGGAGAUUGGCUUCUCGCCUGGGUCUCGGAUUGAACAGCGACGUAUGCCUGGGUUCCUGCCACGUGAUGGAAGCGAUGGGGCGAUCGCGGAUGUUGACUCCGACCUUGUCGAUUCCGAUACUUGGGUUUCUGAUGACGAUAAAUCGCUGGAAGAUGACGAGGAUGAGGAAUAUCCUAGCAUGAUUCAGUGUUCACGGAAUAUCGUGACGGCCUUCGAUCAGACAACUCCGAAGAAGAACCCGUUCCGCUCUGCCAAGGCUCGCAGAUGUCGAGGACCCUUGCCCGCGGGCGGAUUCACUAAGGAAGUCAAGGCUGCUCAUGCUCUACUCCAUCUUCACAUGCAGAGGGCUACAGCCCAGGAUGUUGGUACCGAUGGGCAUUUGGAUGAGCCGUUUUCGGGUUCUCCAUCAAGGUUCCACCAACAGGAGGAUAAAAAACGUCGGGCCUCUCUGUGA